AUGUCAGCUUACUUCAAUUUACUGCGAGCUUUUCCUCUUUUUUUUUCUUUCUUUUUUUACAGGGUAGUUCGUCAGCUAGCUUCCAAGUCGGACUUAGAAACUACUGGUGGACUCGAUCUUUAUGACACUCUCGAUGAUCUUCAAAAUAUGUCAGUUGAGGAAUUGAAACUGUACAAGCUUUAUCGCCCAGAACGGACAACACCUACACAACAUUCAGUUGAGAUACUGAAAACGCCCUCUUUAAAUAAGGGCAUGGGUUUCAGUUUAUAUGAACGUCAGUACCUCGGCAUUCAUGGGCUUCUUCCUCCAGCAUUUAUGACACAAGAACAGCAGGCAUACAGGGUUAUGUGUAAGCUUCGAGAACAGCCAAACGAUUUAGCUCGUUAUGUACAACUAUCCAGUCUGCAAGAUCGAAAUGAAAAGCUUUUUUACCGAGUUCUUUGUGACAAUGUAAAGGAACUCAUGCCAAUUGUGUAUACCCCGACAGUUGGCUUGGCCUGUCAGAACUUUGGAUACAUCUAUCGUAGUCCCAAAGGGAUAUACGUCACUAUCAAUGAUAACAGUAUCAGCAAAAUUCACCAGAUUCUAUGCAAUUGGCCGGAAAAGGAUGUCAGGGCAAUCGUUGUUACCGAUGGAGAGCGCAUUCUUGGCUUAGGAGAUUUGGGUACUUAUGGUAUUGGGAUUCCAGUGGGAAAAUUAGCUUUGUAUGUUGCGCUUGGUGGCGUUCAACCAAAGUGGUGCCUCCCUGUUCUUUUGGACGUCGGCACAGACAACGAAGAACUCCUCAAUGAUCCGUUCUAUAUUGGCUUGAGACAUAAACGCGUUCGUGGAGAGCAUUACGAUGAACUACUAGAGAACUUUAUGAAAGCUUGCACAAAACGAUACGGCCAGAAAACUUUGAUCCAGUUCGAAGACUUUGGCAACCAAAACGCAUAUCGGCUACUAAAAAGAUUCCAGUACAAAUACACAAUGUUUAAUGACGAUAUUCAAGGUACAGCAUCAGUUGUCGUGGCGGGUCUUAUGGCUUGUUCCAGGGUGACAAAGAAGCCACUCUCUCAAGAGCGAUUGGUCUUUUUUGGAGCUGGCGGGGCAGCCACAGGGAUAGCUGAAAUGUGUGUUCGACAGAUGCUUUUAGAAGGGCUAAGCGAACAGGAGGCUGCGGGUCAGAUUUAUAUGAUGGAUAUCGAUGGGUUAAUAACAAAAAGUAGAGCUAGCACUGCUCGCCACAGUAUUUUUGCAAAAAAUAUGAGAGAAACAAGGAGCUUGAUCAAGGUGAUUGAAAAUGUAAAACCUGGUAUUUUGAUUGGUGCUUCAACAGCGCGGGGUGCAUUUACCGAAGAAGUUAUCCGUACAAUGGCAGAGAUUAAUGAAAGACCAGUCAUUUUUGCUUUGUCUAACCCAACGAGCAAAUCAGAAUGUACCGCCGAAGAAGCAUUCCGAUAUACUGACGGCCGGGUCCUUUUUGCCAGUGGAAGUCCAUUCCCUAAUGUAGAACUGAAUGGUAAGGUGUAUGAGCCUGGUCAGGGUAACAACGCUUAUAUCUUUCCUGGAGUUGCUCUUGGUACUAUUCUGUUCCAAGUCAGGCAUAUCGAUAGCACUAUCUUCCUUUUAGCUGCAAAAGAGGUUGCUUCUUAUGUAUCAGAAGAAGAUCUAGCCGUUGGUCGCAUUUAUCCGCGUUUGCAGGAUAUUCGGGAGACAUCUGUUCGUAUAGCAAUGGCAGUUGCGGACUACGCUUACAAAGAAGGACUCGCUGGUUUGUACCCUAAGCCUGCUAACCUGGAGAAGUACAUUCGUGCCCAUCAAUAUAAAACUGAAUACGAUGAUCUGAUCAAUGCAAUCUACGACUGGCCAAGGGAGGACACUGCUGCUGGUUUUCCAAUUCUCGGCGUAAGUAGUGAUGACGAUGGAGAAGUAGAUAUGACUACUUAA